AUGAAUGAUUCCAUUUCUACUCGUUGCGCUAAACUCAAUCAGAUUUUUGCUGGUAAAAGUGUCGGUCGCAAGAGCUCGCCGAAUGGCGCCGGCUUUACUCGAGAGGCUUUGCUGGAUGCAUUUCUUGUACUCUUCGAAGAAUGCAGCUCUGAAUUUAUGCUCAAGGACAAGAACAUAUCUGGAUUUGUGAAGAAAUGUAAGUAUAAAGAGCCUUAUUGGUCACAGAAAUCACUUUAUUUCUACCACAUGCAUGGUUCAAGGCAAGGUCAGUCGAUUAUAAAUUUGGUCUGCUGAUCGACUUCGCUAGCUUGACACGAUCUCGAUGCCAGUGAUGAUCAAUAAAAUAAGUCUUACUUAACAAUUUUUUUUAUAUUUUCCUAAUCACACAGACCAACCUGUGGUUGAUGAUCUUCGAAAACUUUGUUUAAGCAAAGACGAUUUCAAUGUUCUUAACACCAUUGGCAGAGGACAUUUCGGACAGGUACCCUGUAAUAAAGGUCUCAGUAAGCUUUUAGCACGUCAGACGUGAAGUAAUGUAAAAAGGCUACCUUAUUUUUUUAACUUUUUGGGUUAUUCUUAUGUAUAAUUAGACGUAUUUGAGUUUAAUGAUGCUUCACUGCAUACCUGACAAGAAACUAACGGAAUAAAAUACCACAAAUGUUUUGGUUAUUUGCAUCUUCUAUUUUUAGGUCUCAGAUUCCAUGUGCAAUAUACAAUGUACAUUUUAGGUGUAUAGCAGUAUAAUAUUACUUUUUCUUAUUUUGGGCAACAGAAAAGGCAAAUAAACAAAAUUAUCAGUAAUGAUUGUUCAUUCUGAUCUGAAUGCACGGUUUAAAGUUAAUUUUUUUUAAACUUAAAAUUACAAAAAGGAAAAAAUUUAUUUCACCCCCCUUUAUUAUUGUUGUGGUAAUAUUUUAGGCCAAAGUAUAAACUUACAUCACCUACUUUACAGGUUCAAGUUGUCAAAGACAAACAAAGUGGUGAUGUAUUUGCUAUGAAGACAUUGAACAAGACCCAAACUUUAGCUCAAGAAAGUGUAAGUACAGAGUGGAGACAUUUGUAACUACUUAACUGUGGCAAGAUUAGCAAAGAGGGUUACCCGGCAUUCCAGUUAAUUCUUUCAAGGGGUUGCGGGGGGGGGCUCAUAUAGACCAUCUGAGGGGUCACCAAGACCAUGUGCGAAUUUUUUUUGUUGCAUUUAAGUUAACACUUAUAUCUCAUCAGUCUGGUCAGGAAGCCUUCUUUGUCGGGUCAUUGACCCAAGACCCAUCUCUUAUCUGGAACACUGGUUUUUUGCAGAGUGGGAUUGUGUGGGGCUGGUUCCCGUGACUGGAAAAAUACUCAGACAGAGUCUGAGACUGUUUCUAGGGACACAGGGGGAAAAAAGGCAUUAGCUGACCGGCGCAUUCCCAGAAACAAUAUCAUGAGACACAUUUUGGCGCGAGUUCCCUUCACGUUUCUGAAGUGCAAAUGGACAUCUCUGUAAUGGAGAGAUUUGUAGAGGAGUUUGACUGUAGAUGUAUGUGUAACCUUCAGACGGGGGUGUUGAUAGCUGAAAUAUGGAGGGAUCUGUGUGGACAACGAUUUAUCCUCUAAAAAGUGUAAAAAUUAACAAUUUCUAUGACUAAGGCUAACUUGUUUAAAGUUGGGCAAAAUUUGAAAGUCACUGACUGUAUUUUAGCCAAUUUACAUUUUUCUUUUGUCCAUUAUUAGGUUGCAUUCUAUGAUGAAGAAAGAGAAAUAAUGGCAUUGUGCAACUCUCCCUGGAUAACAGCACUCCAGUAUGCCUUUCAAGAUGCCCAUAAUCUUUAUCUUGUAAUGGACUACCACCCUGGUGGUGACUUGUUGUCGUUACUUAGCAAGUAUGAUGAUGUGUUGGAAGAGGAAGUUGCAAGGUUUUAUCUGGCAGAGAUGGUGAUGGCUAUUCACAGCCUGCAUAUGCUUGGUUAUGUCCAUAGGUAAGACAUAAGCUUAUUACUAUUGAGCCUACGUAGCACGCGUUUCUGUGUAGUUUCGGAGCAAAGAAAGACCGAGAAAUGGGAUUUUCGGUUUUGGCCGAAUGAAAAAAAGAUCGAGAGACAUUUUUCAGACAAGCUUUCUUUGUUCCGAAACCUCACAGAAAUGCUUGCUACGCAGGCUUAAUACCAUGUAACUGAUUUAGCUGUAAAUUAAUUAGUUUUUGCUGUGGUUUUCAACAAUGUAUGUCCUAGUGUAUGUCAUGACCUGCCUAGUGUUUUCUCUUCAAUUUUAUCAUCUUUCAUAAUUAGUUAUAACUGAGAAAAUCAAUGGUAGCAGCAGGAGAACUUCGUGAAAUAUGAACAUAGGUAUAUAAUGUCACGUGUGAAAUAGAGCCAUAGCACCCUCUAAGAUAGCCUGAGAAAACUGCUGACAUUUCAAGACACCAAUGCUGGUGUUCCUGAGAAUCAAAGUCCGUAGAAUGAGUGAGAAAUUCCAUCUUGAUGAUGUGUCACUUACCCAGGUCUGGGUAGUGCUUCUGAUUGAUUGAAAAUUUGCUUCAACUAAUCAGAGGCACCAGUGACCCAGGUCUUGUUAGUGACACAUCAUCAGGAUGGAAUUUCUGAAUUUAUGUUGGCUGGUUUAAUGUACAACUAGCCAGAUACCUACAGCUGUAUGUCAUUCUGAGUUUAAAGCUUAAGUUAAGUCAAGUAUAGGAUGCUUUUAACAAAAGGUGUGACACAAAGUGAGUGAUUAAACUGACUCUUACCUGUGUUGAAAGAAAAAGCAAGACAUCUGAUUGGUAUUUAAAAGCAUAUAUUUCAUGUAGUACAUCUAGCUACUAAAAUCGAGGGACAAGUGUAGUAGUGCUACACAUCAAAAGAAUUAAAUGGAAAAAAAGAUUUAGUUUCUCCUGCUCAAUUACUUUGCAUAUAGUUCCUUGUAACCUUUUAUUGAACUCAAACAUUGUGAUGAUCAUUUUUUCGGAAGGGAUAUCAAACCUGAUAAUGUUCUUGUUGAUCGGACUGGACAUAUUAAACUUGCUGAUUUUGGCUCAUCUGCCAGGCUUGCAGCGGACAAAAAGGUGAGAAACUUUUAACUGGAAAUCCUAUGUUAAUUCUCAAAAUUCAGUGGCUUGGAAUGCAUUACACAUGUGUUACCGCACAAAUAAAGCUAAUUUUAGAUCAAUAAGAGCAAACAUUGAGGGUAUGGGUUUAAUGAAGGGAAGGCUUAAUUUGCAAGGGAACUCUUAGAAUACGGGCUACUCAGGGUUAUCAUAAGUAGCUACAAUCCUGGACAGAACUACUUGAGAAAAUGUUUUCAUUAAUGCGCACUACCUAACGCAACAAAACUGUUUCCAAAUCAACGGCUUUACGUAAAGAAAAUCCUCUCCCCCAGUUCAAAGUUACUUCCUACAAAUGCUUAGAGAUCUGGCUUUCUUUUGAAGACCCAACAACACUGCUUCCAGGGGGAGGGGGAAGGGAAGAAUCAGUCGGCUACGAAGUUUAGAAAAAAUGCCCCCCAAGUAUGCAAUUUUCUCAACAGUUUUGUUCCAAGAUUGUAGCCAUUUCUCCUCGCUCUGCACUGCUGGGGAAGUUUUGUGAGGAUCAGGAACGUCUGCAACUCAGUGACAGAAAUUCCAUACUGAUACGUGACAUAAAUCAUGAAUGUUUACGUAAUAUUAGCAUAUUAGCGAGAUUUUGCCUCUCCCUCCUCCGUAGAAGUUCCUGAUAGGUAUCCCAACAAAAAUAGAUAUAAUAAAAAAAUAGAAAGCAUACAGGGGAGAGGCCUCUGUGGAAGGGAGAGGAGAUUGGUUAUAGCAAAUUUGAAAUCAAUUAACAAACACAGAUUAUUAUUUAACCUCCUACCUGUAUUUCAUCUGCCAAAUUAAGAUUGAAAACAUAUAAUCAAUACAGCUAUGUUUUAUGUUAGGAUGUUAACCCACAUGAUGGUGGACUUGUGUUAAACUUGAAAAAAUACAACUAGUAAUUUAAAGAUUCAUGUGUUUAUUGAAAGCUGCCUGAACAAUCAUGCAUUUGGUGAACUGUACAAUAUUAUAAUUAUUGUUGGUUCUAGGUGCAUAGCAAGAUGCCUGUCGGCACUCCAGAAUACAUAGCCCCCGAAGUACUCACAAGUAUGGAUGGUUCAGGGGGGCCAUAUGGCUUGGAGUGCGACUGGUGGUCCCUAGGAGUGGUCGCUUAUGAAAUGUUGUGUGGACAAACACCCUUUGAAGCUGACUCUGUUGUUAUAACUUACAGCAAGAUUAUGAACUACAAGGUACUUGACAACGUGGAUGUUGUUAGUUAAAAAUAAGACAAAACAGUCUUCGACUAAAAAACUACAUUUGAUACAAUUCGUCCAUUAUGAAGAGGGAUUUUUUGAAAUUACGUGAUUUCUACUAGAAUUUUCUGGCAAUUUCAAGAUUUUCUGAUUUACAGUGAGAUUUGGAGGCUAAACCGUGAGACCAUAUAGGCUGACAGCCCAAACCGUUAAGUUGAAAGGUCUGUGAAGGUCCUAAGUUUCUAAUACCUUGUGGGGAACCCUUGUCCAGUGGGAAUAAAGCUAAAUUUCAUGUACAUGUAUACCCUCGUAAAAAAACAAACUAGAUUAUACCACGCUCUAGUCCUUCUAUUGAGCACUCUGCUGAUAUGUGUGCAUAAGUAUCAACUGGUGUAUACCCUCCUAAAUAUACUUUGUCUAAUUUCUAGUGCUUUACUGUUGUUGUAGAGUUCUCUGAAGUUUUCUAAGGAUGUUCCGGUCAGCAAAAAUGCCAAAGAUAUGAUUUUCAAUCUGUGUACUGACAGUAAAGAUAGGAUCGGUUAUGAAGGACUCACUUGUCACCAGUUCUUCACGGGCACAGACUGGAACAACUUGCAAGAUAGUAAGUGCAAGAAUUUCAUCUAGGUUUGAAAAAAAUGUAAUGAGCAAAUGAAAAAUGAUAGAUCAUACUUAUAGCAGUUAUUAAUUUUAUAAAGUGAGGAAAACAGAAAAAGUCAGGAAAAUACUCAAACAAUAAUAUUCUGGAACCCCACUGGACACGUCUAUCGUUAGUGAAAGUAAAAGAUGUUGACGCCUCGUUGAAGAGACUCGCGCCAAAAAAGCAUUAAACGGUGCAGUUUUUCAAAUUAAUGAACAGCAAUGCUUAAUGCUGGCAUUCUUUUUCAACAACUGAGCAUUUUCGUGUGCUUUUGUAACUUUCCAAAAACUUCUAGCGACCAGACCAACCUUUCAUGACUGAGCAAAAUAUACAACUUGUAAGGGGAGGGUCUAGGAAGCACAAGGAAACGACUUUCUAUUUUUUUUAAACUUAGAUGGAGUCUUUGAGAAUUCGACUCUAGAAAAGUUCACCAAUAUUUACCAAAUUGGACGAAAUUAAUUUAAGUGAGAGUAUUGAAUUUCGAAAUAGCAUGGAUACACUUUUUAAGAGACGUUUUCGCCACCGUCGUAGUUGCGUAAGCUCCCAAUAUGAUCAAAUUAUUGAUACCAUAUUUUGUUUUAGCUGUGCCCCCAUACGUACCUAACCUGGAUGGCGCAGCAGACACUUCGCAUUUUGACGAGUUCGAGCCCGAAAGUCCCGAUCCAAUUUUUCAUUUGGAGAAGUACAGAUCAGCACACGAAGACAAGGGAUUCACUGGAAGGGACCUUCCUUUCGUAGGUUUCACUUUCUCUCGGAACCUCGCCAUCAAUCUCCCGUUUUCGCCCAGAAAGUAAGUUAUCUUUGAGCAUUAGUGCUCAUACACACGAACACACAUAUAUAAAAACGUCUAUGCAAAAAACGUUGAGCUUAACCUUUCUUUAUGACUCGCAGUCUUUCAGAGGGACAACGAUUAUUUUAAUUGGACAAAAUUGAGUAGGGUUGCCUUUUUUUGCUGGGUACAGUGUCAGAUCAGUGUUUGCGACUUUUGAAAAAAAUUUUCAGUGAUUUCUUGCGAAAGAUUUUUUUUUCCAAGAAUGGUGGACAAAGACAAAAGGCACAACCCAUAUAGAAAUAUUGUAAAAGUUUCUACCGAAAUAACGGGUUUUUUGUUUAUUUUUUCGUUCAAUCUCCAUGAAAAAACAUUUAUCUCUUCAGAGAAAAAAGCCCUAUGUUUAUCUUACGUCUAGUUUUAGUUUUGUGUUUUUUCUGAUCAAUGAAGUUCCUAACGUCCGUGAAAUAAGUUACCUAACUUUGAUCACGGUUAUUAGAACAAAGUGUGUUUUCUUUACCUGCCUACAGACCCGGAAGUCUUCCAAAUUCCCCAGCAGGCUGCCCCCCUAGUCGCCUUGAGAGAAAGCUCACUAUCAAGGCAAGAGAAUUAAAGGAUGCGUUACAAUCUUGUCACACACUUAAGGAUGAGAGUGCCACCAUGAAAAAGACCUUGGAUGAUUUGCAAACUGCACUGGAAGAGAAAGACAAAAUGUUACGAAAUGCUGAGUAUGAAAGGGACCUUCUGGAAAAGGAGAAAGUACUCUAUGAUACUCAAGUAAAGGUAGAGUCAUUUGAGCGUCCGGUUUAUAAUGUCGCGUCACUUGCCUUAUUUGUGCAAAAUUGUCAAAAUACUUUAACAAAACCUUCUCGUUUGCCUCUGUGCCAUAACAAGGAAGGUAGUAUUAACCAUAAUGUAUCUCUGUCUCUGUUGGCUGUGGAAGGAAUUUUACUUUUUUUCAGCAUGUGUCCUGGUAUACGGAAAUCUAGCCUGCGUGGUAUGGUAUAAGAGACACGCGAGAGCGAGUGUCCCCUUCGCGCCUCCCGUUCUUUCUCGCGCCCAUAUUCCUUGCAAGCGCCUGCUAGGCAGGCCAACGGAAAUCAUGCUUUCUACUUUUGCUGAGAUCAUGUGUUUGACCUUGUAACAUAACACUUGAUUAUUGUUCUUAAUCUUUUAUACUUGCAGGACUUGCAGAGAAGACUCGAUCUCGAGAGAGCGGAAAGAAAUAAGACGGACUCGGCCACUCUUAAGUUACUUUCUGAACUGAAGGAAGACAGUCAAAAGGCAAACGAACUCAGGGAUCAAGAAAGCAGGCAAGUUAAAAUGAGUUGCUACAAGGUUUGAAAUAACACUCGGUCAACGGGCAAUGUCCGACCGGUCAAAAGUAGACUUUGUUUAGUCAAAUCCUUGGAGAUAAUGCUUUAGUCAUGUGAACGCCAAUAUUUCAGUCAUUUUUUCACAAGUUUCUGUGUAGGUUAACGUAGAAUUUGUUUACGUUCAAAAUACAUAAUUUAGUUUCAUGGUUUUCAUCAUUGGUUCAUUGCUUGCAGGAAUGGAUUGUGUCACUGUGACUGAUACACUGAAAGCUACAUUAGGGCCAUUUAUACGAGGAAAAAUAAGGCGCGUCUUAAAUAAGACGCGAACUUUCCGUAUAAACGGCACAUUUCGUCUAAAAUAAGACGCGGAUUAGCUAAGACGCGUCUUAUUUUAGAACAGCCCUUAACACCUGUUCUUAGAUAAGACGCGUCUUAGCUAAGACGAGAAAAACUUCGUAUAAAUGACCUUCGCGCCUUAAAUAAGACGCGAACGCAUAGUACGCAUGCGUUAAUCACGUUGGAUUGCCGUUGCUACGGGCAACAUUCACAUGAAAACGAGUCAAGAACAGAAAUAAGACACGAACCAUUUAUACGAGCUGUUCUCGUCUUAGAUAAGACAUGCUCGUAUAAACGGUACAGUUCGCGUCUUAUUUUUCCUCGUAUAAAUGGCCCUAUUGUCUUGAAUGAAAAACAUGCUCUUUUGUCCUCAAAUUUAGUCGCCAGAACGCUGAAAACAGCAUUUUAAGGGCUUUGAAGUUUCCAAAUUUUCUGAGGCUUACGCGCCCAGACUCCCCCCCGUACAAAAGGAGACUAACGGCCCCUUGUUCAUACAGUCGGUUACUCCAUUCAAACCUGAGAAUCGAAUACUUCCUGGAGACGUUUAUCCAAAACGAGCACUAUCAGUUGCUGUGUCUACUAAAGGGUCCUACGGACGGAAAUGCUAUGUACAGCGACGUUUCGAACGUGUUUGCUUCUUGUUUUACAGAGAAAAUCUCGAGGAUCUUCAACAGAUUGUAGCCCAGCUGGAGAAUGACCGAUUUAUCGCCAGCAGACGAGCACAAAGACUUGAGGAGGAGCUCAAAUCACAGGAAAAGGUCUGGCAGAAAGAAAAUAAAUCAUGUACUGGCAGUAAUCAUGCGGACAAAGUGGAAACAAUUCAUCUUUGUGAAAUUUAGGGAUUGUCAUUUCUUUGUAUGUAGAGAAAGGUCUUGAGUUUACUGAAUAAAGCGAUUUUGUUAGUUUGUUUAAUAUUCAAUACAAGGAGCAAGCUUGUUCGAUAACAGGGCAGGACUUGUUGGCUGUCCACGGCAAUUUCUUCCAACACUUUGCUUGACCAUCGAUCUUAACAUCUAUCUAACAGUAUAUGAGCAUUUACAAUACAAACAGAGUAAUAUACUGGCUCGAAACAGCAAAUGUUCGUGUUCACGGUAAAAAUUCAAGAUGUUCACACUGUAAACGCUUUUUUCUCUGCAGCUUCUUGAAGUCAGCAAGAGCCGUAUAAAUGAUCACCAAGCGCGAAUGACAAAGGUAAAAAAUUCGUUGCUAGACGCCUAUAUCACAGUUGGUCGAUAGAUUUGUUUUUUGUUUGGUGUUUGUGCUUUUUUCAUAUCAAGUGCUCAUGUUAAUCAGGAUAUAAAACCUCUUACAAUUUUCGCCAAUACUUCGUCUGAUACAAUUCUUCGUUAGUCAACACAGAAAUAGCCGUUGCUUAUCUCGCGUUUUGUAUAAUAAAGUAAAAAACUUAACUACCAAAUUAACUAAUUAACGGGGACAAACCAAAUAUAUAGGACAGCAAAGAAAAGGAAACCUGUUCAUAAGUUAAGUACAGUAAGAUGAGAAAUAGUGAAGAAUUAGGCUUAAAGAUUAAAAAUUUGUGUAGCUUUGAGGUUGCUGAAGAUAUUGUCUUUGUCGCCAUUAAAGAUGAAUGAAGAAGCGAAAAGAAGCAUGGUGGAGUGGCAGGAAAAGCUGGAUAGAGUCACUAAGGACAGCGAAGAAAGGAUCUCGGAACUGCGACAAAAGUUAGCCAAAGUAAGAAAAGAAAGUUGCAUUGAAUUCGACUCUGCUUUAACCUUUCUCGUCUUGUUUCUGUGAGUGCGAAGUUGGUGACUUUAGGAACGACGACGCUGUUAGAAACGGCAACAAAAACGACAAAUAAUGGCAAAAGGUUUAGGGUGGAUUCAUUUGCAGCCGACAGGCAAAUGCGACGGCCAUGUGCAUAACAAUUUUGCACGUGCAGCACACUCUUUAGUACACAUCUUUGCCGUCAUUGCACGACUACGACGUGAACGUUUUAUUGAGGAUGUAAACACGACAACGACUAUUUCUUUCUCUUUCUUUUUAAACUUGGGUGCGGACCCAAGAAUUCAACCCCAGAGAAAUUCACCCACAUAUGACAUUUUAAGUGAGUUGGAAGAAACGCGACCAAGUUUAAAAAUAAAACAUGCGAAUCGGGAUGGGUCCAGGAAGCUGCAUUUUGUUCAUCUUUUCACCUGUUUUUGUCCCCUCUCGUUAAGUAUUUCUGCCACUUGCUCCCGGAAGAAAAUCGAUAUUUUCGUGACAAAUAAAUCGGGCGACGGGAACAUCUUAGUUCUAAACUAGUUUGGUCUAUAUGUAGACGAUUGAUUUGUUUUCCGUUUUUGGUUUUCAGUCGUUACAAUCCAACCAAGAGGCUACGGAGUUGUUGGAGAAUGUGCGGAAAAGCAAAGAACAACUACAAACGCAACUGGAAAAGCUUCAGGUUCAGUAUAGUCUCGAUCAAAGUUUAUGACUUUUUUCUUCGUUUGAUUGUUUUCAGUUGUCAGACCGUGAGUGUGAAUCAGAUUCAAGGGCUUUCGUUGUCGAAGUGAGAGGAUCACACGUGAUCUAAGCUUCUUAAACUUAUUAAUUAUAAAGCCAAAUGCUUAUAGCCUUCGCAGAAAACAAAACAAAGUUUGGGUGUCUGAUACUUUGGUAGUUUGGUUGUAGGAUAAUUAUUACCAUAUUUUUUUUAGAAAAUCUAACGUUGUCCUGACAGGAGACUAGCCUAUGACCUUCUAAUUCUUAGUCCAGAUACUCUACCACUCUCGUGAGAGCUGAGGCCCUUAUUCCAGGUUCAUAUGACAAAAGUCCUGCACAAAAAUCGCAAUCAUAUUUAAAUGUCAAAUCUUAGAGGGAUUAUUGAUCACUUGAGUAGCUAUAUCAGAUAUUCAACACUGACAGUGUUAAAUCCGAAUAUCUCGAAGUCGUCCUAAAACGAUCUGGCCCUUGUUCUUCAAACGUUGGAUAGCGCUACCCACCGGAUAAAUCACUAUCCAGCGGAUAAGUAUUAGGUAAACCGAUUAAGCUAUCCGCUCGACAGUGAUUUAUCCGGUGGAUAGGGCUAUACAACGUUUGAACAACCGGAGCCUGGGCUGCGCGUGGUUUUUCUCAACCUUCCCCUCGGUGACUCGAUAUCGGAUCAAACACUGCGUCUUGUGCUUAUCAUGUCAGCUUUUGAAUCUUUCUGUGAAGGCCAACUGUGUACAAUGUCUUAUCAAUUAUCAACACAGCUGGUUGAACCAAUUUUCGUGCUUCCAACAAGAUGCUCAUUAGUUCAUAUAUAUAUUGCCUUUCAGAAAUCAGUCCAGCCAACAAUUGCAACAGAUAGAAAUGAAAAGGUGAGAUUUUCCUUAAUUUGAUUAUCUGAUUGAUUUACGCGAUCUUGAGACAGAAUAUUCUACAGCUACCUAAUAUUUAGUAGCACAGAAGAACAAACUGAAACAUAAAAAAAGUCCCUAUACAUGUUUGUUGUUCUAGUGCGAAGGCUUAUUUAGCGAUUUGUGCGAACCUUUUGUCACUAAAUUUGUUAUCAAAUGAAAUGUGGCUGAGACAAGUGCGUUCUUGACUCAAGUUCGAUGUCUACGCAAGGUCUUGAAUCGGUGCAACGGUUUUUCCUUUAGUUUGAUAGUUCGCGUUAGACUGGGUCGGUGCUGUAUCGAAUUGCACUAUGGGAACAUUUUUGAGGACGUUAUCGCUUCUAUUAUUGGCUGUUUCGAGGUUGUGCAGGAACUGGGUCGAAAUAAUGCCCCGAAACAAUUCCACAAUGCAGUUCGACACAAGACCAACUAAGUCUCACGCGCACCUCAAAUUAGCCGGUCCUAGCGAGUAAUGUGUUUUAUUUUGCUGGAAUUAGCAAAGAUAACACAAGAAGAAUUUUAAUUUUGAUUUUGAGCAGAGAAACGCUGAACUUUUGUCGUCUUUGUUUUCUACCAUUAGCCCUUUUCACUCACCAGAAGAUCAGACAGUGUAUUGAUAGGAAUUAGAAACAGGGAAGAAAUAGCUCAGGAGUUAUUCAAUAAAAUAAUGGUAAACAGAUUAGAAAGACGUAUAGGGUAAUGGGUAUAGUAUAGUAUAGAAUAGAAUAGUCAGUAUGAGUUAAGCUUCAUCUUUAGUCCGAUAGCGCAUGAGUUUGAGUUUGGGUUCGACUUUUUAUCAAUAGUGCGCAAUACCACAUGAGUUUAUUACCUUUGUAGUUAACCCCGCUGUUUAGUGCAGGAAAAAAAGUGGAAUGGGAGGGGAGAGUAAGGAAACUUUGUAUGCUUUUUCUUACAAACCAAUCGCUAAGACCGGGCUCUCUUUUGUCUUCAUUUAGUAUGUCUCCGCCCAGGGAGUCUUUCCCUAAGCUUGUUGCUUAUAAGCUUACGUGCAGCCCUGGGUUGUACUGUGAAAUGUUUAGCCUUGUUCCCGGCCACAUUAAGAAAAUAAAACUUUAGAGUGGAAUGAAAAACGUUUUUAAGAGAGAAAUCCAAACAGAAAGAUGAAAAUUUCUGUUAAUUUCGUUUAUUUUCAGUCGUGUAACAGACCUCAUGUAGAAGAAGGAGAUAACAGUCUGCGAGAGCGUUACAGAGAAAAAUCUGCAGAAGUGAGGCAGCUGCAAAGUAAAAUCAUGGUAAGCAGUGAGUCGCUUCCUCGAAUGGAUCGAUCGUAUAUCGCGAGUUUGCCGCUUGCAAACUUCUUCCAAGUAACUUCAUGCACAGUAGGAACUUUUUUUGUAACCUGCAAUACGAACUAAACGAAACUUUUAAAUUAGUGUGAACAAUUAGUGUUUGAUUUUAAUUUAGUUCUAGGUUUGCCAGCAAAUACAACAUGAAGAGUUAACACCAUUUCUUAAGUUUCAAUUUUUCUUUCGUUCUUUUCUUUUACUUUUUUCUUAAGUUUCUAUCUUUUUUAGAUCUUAGAAAUGCCAACAUUGUAAUUCCGCUGUGCUUUUUAGUCAAGCUUUGACUCCAUUGGUUGUUAAAUUCCUAGUUUUUAUCAAUUUUAAAUUUCUAUUGUAUUUAGCAUUAUCAUUUUAUUUACUAUCUCAUUUUAUCAUGUCUUCCAUGAUUAUUCAUUUAGUUUUGAAGACUUGUUAAUUAUUUUCUUUUCCCUCGAUGUCCACAAUUAGCUUGAAUGUAUAACCUAAACACAUCGACACUUGAAUAAAGUAAGUAGACUAUUUAUAUUAUGUUGUGUUUGUGUAGGAUCUCGAGGACCAGUUGUUUCAGUCCCAAAGAACCCAAAAGAAGCUUGAGAAAGAUGUGGCAAACAGACAAGCUCAAGAAGAAAAACUGCAGGUAAAGUACUCCCCAAUAGUACUUGACAGCGAAUUGCUAAUAAUGCAGAUAUCCUCAUUUCCUUCUGUCCGUGGCUUCUCUUCCUUGGGGAUGAUAUGUCCAGGAUCUAACGCACUUGCCCUCUCUAAAAUUUAGGCGGGGUUUCGUGUACAAAACACCAAUUUCCCCCCACUUUUUCAGCGUAAAAUACUUAUUAACACGUUCUUUACACGCCUUUGAAGAACGUCCAUGCCCAAGAACCGGAAUUUGAAUGAAUCGGGCAAGUUAGGCCCGGUUCAGACGCCGAACUUUUCAUGAGCCGAACCUAAUUCGAAUUAAGACCGACCCAAAUUAUUUAAAAAGAUUCAGACGCCGAUUUAAUUCCAUCACGAAAAAUUUUCUUUUACAAAAUACGUUAUAAGAAUUUCUGCAUUUGGUUUACAUGAAAAGUUCGGCGUCUGAAUCAAAGGCGUUCCAAAGUCGAUCCAAAGAAAUUCCGGAAAAAGAACGGCUGAGCCGUUCCAAAUUGAAACAGGCGUUCCUAAUUGAUUCAGACGCCGAACUUUUCAUGUACUUAAUUCAAUGUAUUAGGUUCGGCUCAUGAAAAGUACGGCGUCUGAACCGGGCCUUAUAUAUUCGUAACGAAUUGAAAAGGAGACACUUGUUGAAUUCUUUUCUGCGUUUUGCCAAAACAGUAAAUCAAAGUGCAAUUUUGUGCAAUCUGUAUUCACUAUAAAGAAGUGUACAGCUGAGAAGGUCGAAGGAAAUUGUGUUUUUUUCUUCCGACUGAUGUUCACUCUUGAGACUGUUCGUGCACUGAUCUUCGCUUCCGUACAUCACAUGUGGACGAAAGGUAACGUAAUUUCUGCGAUAAAUUUGUGUUACCAGGAAGCUGAGAAAGAAGUGAACAGAUUAUCACGCUACAAACGACAGUUGGAUAACACAAACAGCAGACUAGAGAGUGAACUAGAGGAAGCAAGAAAACUAAUAACCGCCAGAGAUCAGGUAAGUGAAAGAAUGGUGAUGGGCCUCUGUUUGAUCUAAAAUAAGGGGUGGGCGCGUCCCCCGGCCCCUCCCAUAGAUCCGCCACUGCGUCUCCUAUUCCCCUUCCCUUUCGAACGCCUGCCACGAAGGCUAAAACCAAAGGGUUUAAGGCUUUCACAGGGUUUGAGUUAAAAUUGAUUUCAAGGUUGACUUGACUAGGAACGAGGGUGUGCAGGUCUUUCAUCGUAUAUGUGUAAGGAUUAAGGCUUUCUAUGUAAGUAGACUACUAGAGUAACAGUCUGUCCGUAAAACUGAUUUCGACGAUCUCUGUUUUAUCUCUUAUAGAAAAUCGACUCCUUGACGGGAAGAUGUCGUACGCUAGAAGAAAUGCUGAAAGAAAACGUUGACCUUAGCAGAAGAAGUUCAGAUUCAGAUUAUGACGCUAGUAACAAAUCGUAAGAAACUUUUCACUUUUUUUUCGGAAGCAAAAGGAGCAGGGUGUAAAUUGCCGCAGUUUUCUAAGGCUAUUUGUCUUUCAAAUCGGUACCUUAAAUUUCCACGGAAUCAGAGGACGCGGUCGCCUUUCACUCAUCUGAUUUAUUCUUGUCAUGAAAGAUAUUUUUCAUCGUGGUUGUUUCGUCUAUCGUUUGUCUUGCGACAGUCACUUAGAUACUGAUUGCGACGUUUCGGCCGCGUUCUGCAGGUCUUCAUUAGGCGGUAGUGUCGAUUUACUGAGUUGAACUGUUUGUACCACAGUGGUUGUUAGUCACUGGUGUUUCACGAACGUCGCUCAUGGUUGGUGGGUCUCGAUCCAAAACAUUGUUGGCAUUAUUAGAAGAGGAAACUCCUUGAUUUAUUCUUGUUAUUUUAGUUAGCAUGUUCCCACCAAUAGCGCAAUAACUUUGCUCCAUUGUUCGACAUGUAAACCGCAUACAGCCCACUUUCCCCUGAGUCGUUUUGACCAAAGGCUAGCACUCGACGCGUCAGCUUUUCAGUCUUUUUAUAGCGCCAAAUGCUGAUUUGUCUAUUAGAGCUGUCAACCAAGCAGAACUGAAGAAAUUGAGCGAGGAAAAAGAAGUUAUGACUCGAAAAAUGACUGGGCUGGAGAGCGGCCUCAAGAUACAGCAACAGAAAAACGCUUGUUUUGAGAAACAGUUAGAAGAUGCUGAGAGCAAAGUGAAACAGGUAUAUGACCAGCGAUCAUGUCCUUAGGCUCAUUUUAUUUAUUUCCAAGCUGUGUUUUCAAGAUGAGUUACUUGCUUAUGGCUAACAGAGAGUAUUAUUUGAUCAACUAGAUUUCAAAGGAUAUGGAGAAAAAAGUCGAAGACCUCAACACACAACUAACAGAGGUAAGUUUUCGCCUUAAAUUAUCUUUAGCUAACAGACUGGUCAUUCGCUACAAUUGACAAUUAUUCGCUUUAAUUCUCGAAGCUUUAGGGUUUCUUAUCCUUUUUUGUGAGUAGAAAAUUCCAGAAAUUAAAAGAAAUACGCACAGUGCAAUUAGAACAAAAAUGGGCUUUUCUCACGUGUUUAUCGCCACUAAAAGGAACGACUUGUCACUGCGCUCCCUCUUGUUUCAGCAAAGUCAACAGGUUCAAUAUUUUAAAAACAGAAAAAAAUUGUGACGAUACUGAAACAAUGUUUAAAGUGGAAAAAAUAAAAAUUAUUGGGCGCAAAAAGAAAGGAAACAAAGAAAAACAAAACAACAAACGAUGUCCACAAGAGUUUUCAUCGCUGAUCUUGCGUCUCAUAUUUCAUUUUUAUCUUAGCAAUUAAGAUCAUUUAACUUUGAAGGGUUGAGACAAUUUUGUGACCUUAACAAGUGUUGAAGUCGUGAAAAUACUUGCCCUGUUACCAUCAUGUCAUUGAACCAAGAGUAUUUAAUGGCAGUGUGCUUGGCAGUCUUUUCACGUACCGUGGGAAGCCGAUCAAUGAUAGUCGUCUUCAACCCCUAAGACUUGAUCACUUCUUGUCAAGUUGACCAGGCGUAUUGUUACGGUGGCAUCUUUCUUCUUCAUUUUUUUCCCUUUGAUAUACUGUAUGCACAUACCUGUGACUUGUUUCCUUACGGUGACUAGAGCAAUCGUGACUUAACAAGUUUAUCCCAAACGACUUGUUUAUCACUGACCUCCUUAAUUUCUUCCUUCAGGUCACCAAUGAGUGUUCUUCUCUGAAAAGUACUAAAAAGGCGCUGGAAGAGACCAUCCUUAAACUCGAGGUAAGUGACACCGCACAGUUUUUUAAAUCUUUCAUUAUUGUAUUAUUGUCUCCUCAUGGUAACUUUACUAUUUUCUAUUUUGUAGAAUGACAUUGACACUAGAGAAUUUGAGUUGGAAUUGAAGGUGAGUUCACAUUCUCUUUUAAGUCAUAGAUUUGAUGUUAGCUGAUUUGUUUUAUGUUGAUACCAGGCGUCUGCCAGGCAAGAUGAGAUCACAAGAAACAUGCAAGAAAAUCGUUCCGAGGUAAACAUUCCUUCAUUUAUAUGUACAAAGUGGCAAUGGCCGUUUUUACGCUGGAGACGUCAGUCUUCUUAAGACGACUUUAGCGUCUCGUAUAAAAACGGAAAAUAAGACAGAUGCAUUUAACGUCUGAUGACAUAAGUUCGUUGAGACACACUUAACAGGCGACUUUAACGUUUCAGACGUUAAAUGCGUCUUGUAAAAAGAGGACGACGUAAACUGGGAUGCACUUAUGCCCAACCUGUCCAGAAACGACUGGGAAGAGUUAGUGUUGAGGGUUUUUUUUUUUUUUAGUAAAACUUUUUUUUGCACUGUUAUCGUCUACUUUUAUGCGUGUCGUUUUUACACCAGUCGACUUUGACGUCAAACAGUUCUAGACGAAUUAAACGUCUCUGGUUUAAAAUACUGAUUAGGCUGAAGGUUCAUAGUCCCUGCACAUAUCAGCAGUUUCUGCUUGCGGCUGUUAUCAGCAUCAGAAGUUAUGCGAAUGAAUAGAGCCUCCCACCACUUGCGAGCAACAACAGUAGUCGCUUGUUUUCCUUGUUCAUGGUGAAAGUUUCAGUUGUAAAUGACUAAGCAGUUGCCAUCGUUUUCGUGUUUGUUUCUUUUCUCAGGUCGUUCAAGAAAUCCACGUUCAAUUCAGUGAAAUGUCGAAUCGUUGCAACGAACUGGUUUCACAAAAUAAGGUUUGUCGUGUUUUGCCGUUAAUCUUUUCAUCAUAACUUCUGUAACGAAGAAACAAUAUGAUAACUCAUCAGAAGUAUUCUUACAAUGUAGUCUGUUGUAGAACAGGCUAAAAGCUAUAUUUAUAUUCUCUCUUGAAUUUGCAACUUGUCGUUGGAUCUCGUCUUUUUGUCAGCAGAGAGAUUUUGCAAUAUUACAAAUACGGAUUAUCCGAAGUGUAGUUCCUUUGAGCCCAAUAGAACGGGAAACAGUUGCAACUAAAAUCUGACGUUUGACGUUCAGCGCAGUCAAGCUUCUAAUUUUAACGCCAGAAGUUAACAAACAAGUCUGACUUUUGUUUAUAUGCAACUAACCCGUGAUCCUAUUACCACCUGUAAUGUGUCUGGGCAAACAGUUAAAUAACAGGAAAAGUUACUUUGCAUUUCCAUUUUUUUUUUGCCCCGACUAGACAUUCUCAUAUUUUUUCUCGACCCUUUUAGGGACUGGAAUCGAAAGUAGAAGAGCUUACUGAAGAAAACGGCGAUUUAAAAAUGGCGAACGAGAAACUCGAAGAUGAUCUGAAAGAAAAGAAGAGGGCCGCAGAAGGCAUGGAACUUGUGAGUACAAAAAUUUAGCACACCUUCCCCAAGCCUGACAAACAGCCGACAUUUAGCGACGCCACCACUUGUUUCUCCUCGAAAUGAUGUCUGAGAAACGAGCGCAGAAAUACCAUACUGAUGACGUGUCACUACCCAGAUCUUGUUAGUAUCGUGUCAUUAGUAUAGAAUUUCUUCGCUCGUAUUCCCGACGUCAUUUCGCGGGUGGCGAGUAGUGGCGUCUCGAAUAGUUGCCUGUUUUCUCGAGGCUAAGCAUCUCCCGCCAUUCCAGUACAUUUUGAUUCGACUUGUCCCUUCUUAAUCUGGAUAUCAGAUAACCAAGUAAAGUCCAAAAAAUGAGACAGAAGGAAUACAUUUUUCUCCUCGGUUUUCCGUGUGUUCUAUUUUGUAAGGCCCUGUCCGGCUUCGACAGUAAAUAGAAUUUUGCGUUCUCUUUAAAUUUGAAUUUUGUACCCACCAAUGUUUUGAUUUUGCAUCCUUAUGCUUGCAUCUGAGACUCGCGAAAUUUUUCGUCUAACUAGAAACGUCAACUAAGGGAACUUAAAUUGGUCAUGUUCGCUAAACAAGAUAACCCAACAAAGGAUAGCUGUCAAGGAACAAAGGAGUUUGUCGCCUGAUAAAACAGUCUAGGUCUCUAAAUCUUCUCGACGGCUUCUUUGAACUUUGGUGACAGUUGAGAAAAUUUUGGUCGGCGAAAAAAUCGUUCGCACUAGAAAUGGCUUCCUUUUGACAGAUUUUUUUUGCAAAACAAACAAUUUUUUGCUUUCUUAGUGCGAACAGGGUCUAGGUGUUGUCAAAACAAUGUAUUUAUCAUCUGUCGACAGACCAACACAAUGUUGAAAUCCACCUGCAGUAUGCUGGAGAACCAAGUAGAGGAGCUAGAGAUUAUAAAUGAAGAUUUCGAAGAGAAACAGCUCCAAUGGAACAUAACAAGGUAAUGUCGGGCCUUAAACAGACUGAAUUAGCCUUCUUACAUGACAGAUACUUCUGAAUCUCAGUCAUUUUUAAAAUUAACUUUAAAAGUCCGCCUUAGUCCGUGGUUCUUUUUUGCUUUGGAAGACCUAGAGAAAAAACCGUAGGCGGGCGAUUUACCCGGCCCCAACCUUGCUCCCAUGUUUUUCCCUUCUCUCGCUCCGCGGGUUGAGUAGGAGAGAACCCUGGGAGUUAAGUUGUACCCUUUCCCUUUUGGAGUAUGUAGGUUACCACAAUGAAUAUUCACGGAGUUUGUCUUGAUGUAAGCCAAAUGUUGAUGGUUCCAGAAGACGAGGUGGUUGCAUUAAACAGGGUAAUUGUAAAACAGGGUGUAUUUUUGGCUUGCUGCAUUGAAACAUGCGAUAUUUUUGCGUUUUUUAGGCGAACGCAAACGAAAAAACUUCUGCAGGCUAGGUGUGCUAUGCGAACAUGUUUUGCUGAAUUGUUUUGCGAAUCCGGACCCAAAGCGGAAACUAACUUUUACAUGUAAAUAUUUUAGGAAAGAGCUGGAGCAGAAAAGAGAAAAGAGUGACUUUCAACUCCUGGAAACUCAACGCUUGCUUGAACAAGAAAAAAUGACACGGUAAGAUCGAAAAUAGUGGUUUUUUGAAAUUAUUCAGGCCCAUUAACUGCUUUAAAGUAGCUGUCUCAGUAAGAGUUAUCCUUUGUUUAGAUCUUUUUCUAGGCUCCUUAUGUAUUUUGUUGGCACUUGCCUUUUCCGUGGCCGAUUCACGGGGCCAUUCUUAGCCAACACAAUAAAGUUAGAGCGCUGCACCGGUGUCGCAGAGCUCAGGGCCCGAAUCUCGGCAAGCCUGAAUUUAUACAGGCUUCCUUUUCGAAAGUGAAUGAGUUGCAAAUUUAAUUGUUGUUAUCUUCUCUGCCCAUUGGAACCCCGCCUUACGGCCACCUCGGAAGUACGGCCACUUAUUUUGGCCCAGCACAACGGUCAUACAUUUUCCUAUAGAAACCCUCGUUAAUGCGGUCACCGGUUAAUAUGGCCAACGGCUACAGUUAUAAAUCCGAAACAGUAGAAUCUUUUGUAAUUUCACCCCAUUAAUACGGCCACUCGUUCAAAAUUUAGAAAAUUGAAAUGCCUGUAAUACGUCAAUUUCACUGACCUAGCAAGCUAAACAUGUUCUUGUAUUGCUGUUAGACCACAGUACACUUAAAAUGCAUUUGUGGCGGUUUAGUGGCCGAUUUUUAAAAGUGUUUUAUGUACUAAAGUAAAGUUUUAGAUACCGGGUAGUUUUUGCAAUUACUGUACGCGAUAUCUACAUUCCGGUUGUUUAUUAAAGAGGACAGUUGUUCAAGAAGUGCGAUUGCGACGUAUGUUGCAUUUGUCAUUCCGGCCAGCUUAAGUCAUUAAAUUUGACCCUGUCACGGUUAUACGGUCACUCCGUUAAUAUGGCCAAAUUUUUAUAACCCAUCGGUGACCGUUUACUAUAAAAGGGGUUCCACUUUAUUUAUUUCUUCAUCCGGCGGUCCAAUUAUGAAGUUCAUAUAUUCAUCUUUUUAAGAAGCAAUAAGUAGUCAUAAAACUUAAGCUUGGUAGUCAUAAAUCCUUUCCCAGGAAAAGGAUAAAUUCGAACUUUUUUUUUCAUUAUAGGUAACACUUUUUUAAACUUUCUUUCCAGGUCCAGCGCUGAGGAGAAAGUGAGUAAACUACAAGAGGCUUUGGAAGAAGUACAACACACUCACAUCAAGGAAGUGGAUGAGAUGAAUGCGCAACUGGAAAGACAAAGAGAUCGGACCGAGGAGCUGACAGAAGCGGUAAGCACGCUUAUCUCUUUCAUCUUUUAAAAUCGACUGCAGUUUAGAUACAGCUACUGGAUUCACAAAGUCUGUCUCGUUGCAGAGACUGCACGCAUUUUUGAUUCAGGCGGAGACUACGAACAGUCUCUAUUUUUUUUCUUACUAGCCCGUUGAGCGAAAUGUGCGGAGAGACAAAUUUGCUCACGCGCGUGACCGAAGAGCGGCCUCACCGCUCCACGCUCGAACACGCGUGCACUCCCCUCACUAAAUCUGAAGCAGAAAAAGACUGUUGGCAGUCUAGUUUACUGCAGACCACUCGUUGCUUCUACUUGUGUAGUGAUGUGUUUGGCCAUUUCGAAGUUGUGCUUCAGACUGCGCCGUUUUGUUGAAUUGCUUUAUGUGACGUUAAGACUCAGUUUCUCUCUGGUUUCUCGCAAAACCUCGUAAUAGCAAAUAAAAAUAGAUAAUGAUCUAUAAAAGUCCCAUCGUGCUAUUCGAGACAGCAACGACGCAAUCUGAAGCACAGCCUCAAAAUGGCCAGUAGAACAGCUUCUUAUUUGUCCUGCUCGCUCCUUUGAGAAUCGAAGCCAUGCAUAUUAAAGCUGCGUCACCUGAUUAUGAGUGGAAACCUACGUCAUUUAUUUCCUUUUUUGGUAGAUAGUAUGAUAGAUCAUUUCCAGCAAAAAGUUAAGAGAAGAUGUAAGGCCUGUUUUACAACAAAAUCUAGAAUAAUUGUUAAUUUAUCCUUGACCUCUUCAGCUCAGCGAGACUGAGAAAAAAUGUGGCAUGGCACAACUGGAGGUCAAAUCCAUGGAACGCAAACUUCAACUUGGAACUGAAGAAAACAACAAGCUGCAAAUCGAGAUCGAGCGACUAAACAAUCACACCUCCAAACUGAAGGCCAGUAACUUUGAGUUAAACCAGAAUAUUGAAGCAGCUAUGGAAAAAUGUGAAGAAUUAACGUGUGAACGCGCUUCGCUGGCUGAGCAAUUGGAUCUCAUGGAGGCGUCCCACGCAGAAGAGAGGCUUAAACUGGAGGCUACCAAUUCACAGCAGACUAAGCUCAUUGACUUUCUGCAGUGUAAAGCUGAAGGACAGGCGCCUAAAAAGAAAAAGGUGUGGACUUUUCUAAAUGUACCUAAAGUGAGGGGGGGGGGAUAGUGUCAUUGUAAGUUGCUCAGUUUCGGUUAAAUCUCAGCUCAAUUACAACUAAGUAUACUGAGACAUCUUUGUCAUUCUUGGAAGUCUAAAAAAAUAUAUAAAGAUAUCGACUCACUGAUUCUAUUACAGGGAAACGGUUUUGGGCCCUUUUUUUGACAACGUAGCACGUUUAAUUGAAAAAAUAAGCUGUAAUCCCUGUCCAUCCUGCCCAUCGAAAGCCAGGGAUAACACUUAUAGUUAAGGUGCAGCAGAAGAGUAAUUUGAAAGUAAAAUAGAACUGAACCAUUAUUUCCGAGUUUCCUUUAAUUUCAAUUGAACAGGUUUUUAGGGUUUUAAAGUAAUACCAAACACUUGUGACAUUAUUCCCUUGAAUUUUGGUUACUUGUCAGUGCGCGUCAAAGCAAGAAAAACCGUUUACAUAAAUACCGUAAAUGACCAAAGAAACGCCCCGGGCGUCUAUUUAAUUUUAGGCGUCCAAGUGAUAGAUAGAAGAUAGAUAGAGAGAGGCGUUUAUUCUCAUAACUGUAACAAGCUCGACAAAACCAAUAUGCUUUCGGCGAAAAUAUCAAGAGAGUUUAAAAAUAGCGGAAUAUCCUCCACAUCAAUUGAUAGGUCUAGGUAGGCUAGAGAUCCAAAUCGCUUUUUCAAAUCCCAACAUCGAUGUCAGAAUCUUCGCUCAGGGUUGUUGUGUUGCAAACACUAGUCUAUCUUACUUUGAACAUGACGUUGAACAAGAUGAAAUACGAAAAGCCUUGUUAAUGAUUUUGCUCCUUUUUGCUAAAAUUCCUAAUAUUUUGGAGUAAUUCUCAUAGGGGGCGUGUAUUGGAGAAGGGCGCCUAAUACAAUUUUAACAGCUCAAAGCUGUUAAAAUUGAGAGGGGGUGUUUAUUAUAUCAGAGGCGUUUAUUCGUUUGCAAAUUGGCGUCUAUUAGGUCAUUUACGGUGCACAGACUGUUUACAGGUAGCCAUCACGACACCUGAACGCGGAUCAUGAGGUUAUCCCUAUAUUAAGAUAUCUCCUUACAAAUAACCCAUCCAGCCCAGGAAAGGUUGGCCACACCACCGGGGUCUACGUCCCCUAGUUCAGUUAAGCUUUUCUGAGUGUUCGUGCUCUCUUGUAUAGAGCAGUUGAGGAUUUAUAAGAGCGAGAGAUGUUCUUAUAAGCUUAAACACCACGGAAAUCGUUCACAAAAAGCUAGCGCCCUACAGCGUCUGCAAUUUUUUGCGCCCCUCACAGAACGUCUGCAACAACAAGAUUUUUGCCAACUAUAGGAAAAGGGUUUAACGUUCAAAAACUAAAAUUUUGUUUAACCAUUGUUACGUUUUCUGUUAUUCGCAGGCCAACUUAUAUUUUUAAUCAGCCCUGAUCGGCGGUGGAAUAACAACUCAAAGGAAAAUUUUCAUGGCGUUCAAUGUUUGAAAGUUACCUGUUUUGUUAGAAAACAGGCGCAAGAAACCAGAAAACAGCAUCAACGUUGUUCCACAGCAGUGGAGAGAUUUACAACAGGCGCUGGAGAAAGAACGAGCAUCCAGUAUGAAGCUACAAACUGAGGUCAACAGGAUGCGACAGGAAAUACAGACUGCAAAAAUGGAAGGUAUUUCAAUGUGGAUGAUCUAGGGAGUCGCGAAAGGCCGACGAUUCUUCAGCUAUCGCAGCUUUUUGGUGGUCUCACAAACAUAACCUGAGAAAGCAGCCGACUUUUUGCGACGCCACCACUUGUUUCUCCGCGAAAUGACGUCUGAGAAACGAGCGCAGAAAUUCUAUACUGAUGACGCUUCACUACCCAGAUCUGGGUAGUUCUUCUGAUUGGUUUUUCCGCGCGGGAAAUUUGCUUUAACCAAUCAGAAGCACUACCCAGUUCUGGGUAGUGACUUGUCAUCAAUACAGAAUUUCUGGGCUCAUUCCCAGUCGUCAUUUAGAGGGGAAACCAGUGGUUGCGUCGCUAAAUGUCGGCUGUUUUCUCAGGCUAUCACAAAAAGAACUUAUUCUUGCUGAAAAUUGGAACGGAGAACUGACCUAAACUGACGACAGAUUUAUUGAAACGAGUUAUGGGACGUUUUGAUUAAAGACUGUUUUUUCACUGAGUAUUAAAACAAUAAGGCAUGCAUAGCUCAAAGGAGAUGAAUAAAUCUUGCUGUUUUCUUUUAUUAUUUAGCUGCUCAUUGGAAAUCGCAAUAUCAAAAUGCCGGCUGUGCAACUCCCAAACCAACCCAGUCUUACGCGGUGCUAUCAGCAAUUCAGCAGUCACCAAGCAACCAACAAAGUCCGCUGAUCGCCCAGACCCAGUCCAAGAAUCCUAAAAAUGCUUCUCAGGCUGAUCGUGGUACAGCACGUAGGCCCAAAGAAAGAAUGCAUCACAACAUCCCUCAUAGGUAACACUCACCAUUUAAAUCUAGAGGUUGUUCAACCCCUUUCGUAAUGAAUGCUUCCCUUCUGUAGAAAAUGACGUUUAUCAAGAAUAAACAGUUUAUAAGAUCUUUCUUGUUUUAAUGGCUUUCGCGUUUGAACGAAAGAGGAAAACUAAUCUAAGAACGUCGAUGUGGACAAUGCUGAUUUGGCUCAAAUAUAAGCCAAGGUAUAAUUGGCAAUUUGCAAAAUUCAAUUGCUGCGAAGAGACGUUUUAGCUUUGUGAAAAGACAGCUAAAAGCGUGAUAUAGUCCAAUUAAGCUUGAGUGACCUAUCACUAAGAGUGUAGCCUGCGCCAAAGUCGAAACUAAGCUUCUGCUUGAGUCUGUCUGCGAAAGAGCGCCGAAAUCCUUGUUCUAGGCACCCAUCUGUUUACCAGGAUUUGAGCACGAGCCAUGAUUGGCCUGUUAAAGAAGCAAUUGUCAAUUUGCCAAUCAGGUUAAAAGGAAAUUCGACCCUUUUUUCCGGUAAUUCGUUGAGCCAUUGGGGCGUUGCCCAGAACAAGGAUGUCGGCGCUGCUCCGCAGACUUUACUAAAGGUUAUGUUACACCGGACGAUUCGAAAUGACGAUUUUUAGCGCAACACAGUGUUGUAAUGUUGGAACAAUGUUGCAACUAUUCGAAACAAUGUUGCAACGCUGUGUUGCAAUAAAAAUCGUCGUUGCGAUUGUCCUAGUGUAACAUCACCUUAACCGGGGUUAGAUUACGUCUGCGACGCAGGCUAUAGAGUGGGGCCACUUUUCGUAACGAAAAGUCCGCCGGCUGGAAACAGCAUGAUGUAUAAAACUAAGAGGUCAGAAAGAAGACAAACCAAACUUUGUUUCUUCCUUUAGGUUUGUGAACGCUUUGAAUAUGCGCGCCACCAAGUGUGCCAUUUGUUUGGAUACGUUGCAUUUUGUGCGGCCUUCAUCUCGCUGCGCUGGUAUGAUUAUCAUUUAUGAUACUUUAUUAAACUAGUAUUGUAUGCCUUGAGAAUGUUUAAUGUUAUCAAGAAGAGACAAUUAACCUGGUGUUUAAGAAAUAACUUUAAUCAUGGUGAUUUUUCACGUUUUUUUGGUAGAUUUUAUGAUACACUAGAACACAUGGGAAAUUAUUGGAAUGCUCUUGAAUUUUAAUGUACAGUGGAAAUAAUUUUUUUUUUACUUUGCGAUGUGGUAUACAGGAGAUCACCAGGAAUUCUCAGUAUCAAAAAAUAAUUUCUACCGAUUGUUAUGUUGUUAAAUAGAUGUUAAAAACUCGAACAGAGAAAAUGCUACUGAACACAACACUAACAGAGAUCAUGGAGGACUCGAUCAAGUUAUAUUAUGGAAGUUUUAAGAUCAAAAGCGUACAAAGCCAGUGCUCUAUGAAUAAUAAUUAUUGCAUUGACUCGAAAACCUAUCAAGAGUAUACAGUAUUUAUUCCAAUAAGCGCCGCAUUUAAGGCGCGAAAAUUAAUAAGCGGCGCUAAUUCGAGUGAAUACGGUAACUUUUCUUUUGUUGUCGCAGAGUGUGGCCUAGUAUGUCAUGUAAAAUGUUCACCAAAUGUGCCGCAUACAUGUGGCCUUCCAACCCAGUUGGUGGAACACUUCACCGAGACUCUUCAGGAACAGAAGAACGACGAAAACAGUCUGAUACCUAACUCACAGAGCACCACUAAACUAGGAGGCAGGAGAGAGGGGUGGCUCAGAGUUCCACGGUAUGACUCCUCUUGCUUGGUUUCUAGUUCAGAAUGUCUCGCAUUGUAGUCAAUUUAUCACACGGGCUCGGCAGACAAAGUGAUAGGUUCAUAAUGUUGCCCUUGAAUAGGCACCAUCAGAAGGAAUAAAGAUAGUCUGCCUACUUUCUCCCGACAUCAGUCACACCACCCACUCGCCCUAGCCAACCCCGUCAGUCGGGGGCUUUCCUGCGGAAUAAAUUGUAAAGGUUAUCAGGGGCGUAGCCACCAAACGUACGGUGCGCACAUCCGUGCCUUUCUUUUAAAUAUAUAUUUUUUCAAACACCGAACUGUCGUUAUCCGGAGAACCGAUGUGAUUCAUUGGUGGCUCAAAAAUCUUAUUUGAUAUAUUAAGAGAAAAGACGGGAAAAGGGCGAAAAUAGCAAGUUGGAUUGUAUAAAGCGUAAACGCAUUGUCUUCCCCUUAGCCUGUAUUCGCAGUAGAUGGACGUAGAGAAUGAUUACGUCGACGUAGCGUGACUCUGUCAAUCAAAAACAAUGUCCAAAAGGCCGUAAAAAAAAUCACUUUUUUUUGUAAAAGAAAGUCUGAGGUAGUAAAUGCUUUUGCGUACCUCUGGAAAAAUCCUGGCUACACCCCUGGAUAUGAUUAAAUUCUGGUUGUCAGCAAAUGGCACUAAAAAAACGAAACGCGAAACUGCAUUUUUAAACAUGAUAUUUGUGUUGUAGCUGCGGUUCAGUAAAGCAUGGAUGGGAGAAAAAAUGGGUUGUUCUCGAUGAUCAAGUGCUGCAACUGUACGACAAAGAAAAUAUGGGAGGUGAGUCAACUUUUCUCUCCUUUGCAUGGAUAACUAGUUGAAAAUAAUUAUCGAGCUGACUUACCUUCUCGUCAUCGUUAACUGUUUAAUUCCAGAAAAAUCCUCUCCAUCUGAAGUGCUGCAUUUGUGCGGUAAAGACGGUCAUGUGACUGUUCAUUCUGCUGUCAUGUCAUCUGAGUUGAUGGGUACCGCCCCCUCGGAUCUGCCGUAUAUACUGAGGGUAGAGUCACGGCAGAGAUGCUGGCCUGUACAGAAUCUUUACCUUACUGGCCCCCUCAUUCCCCGUCAAACAGAAAUGGGUUACCUCUCUUGA